GUCGCCUCCACCCAGUGGGCGUCUCGGCCCAAGGUUGGGAACGCCCCCUCGGGGGACGGACCUCACGCGCCUAUUGGCUGUCCUUCUGGCACGGCGGACGCUGAUUGGGCAACCUGGGGAGCCGGCUACUGACUGUGUGUGGAGCCCAUGGCGGCGCGGGACCCGCGAGCCGAGUUGGACUCCCUUCUCCUGCAGCUGCUCGGGGACCUGGAGGAACUGGAGGCGAAGCGGGCGGCGCUGAACGCCCGGGUGGAGGAGGGCUGGCUCUCGCUCUCCAAAGCUCGCUACGCCAUGGGUGCGAAGUCGGUAGGGCCUCUGCAGUAUGCCUCCCGCAUGGAGCCCCAGGUCCGCGUCUGCACCAGCGAGGCCCAGGACGGACCCCAGAAGUUCUGGAUGGUGAGAGGCGGCACCCAGACUCCAGAGGAGGUGGGACCCCGCGAGGCAGCCUUUCUUUUUACAGUUCUUCGCAGGCGCAAGGGUCUCACGAGGACCCCGGAGCCAGACCCCUCCCCAGCUCCCCAGGACCCUCUGAACUGGUUUGGAAUCCUGGUUCCUCACAGUCUACGGCAAGCUCAAGCCAGCUUCCGGGAGGGUCUGCAGCUGGCUGCAGACAUGGCCAACCUUCAGAUCCGCAUCGACUGGGGUCGAAGCCAGCUCCAGGGGCUGCAGGAGAAACUCAAGCAGCUGGAGCCCGGGGCUCCCUGACCUGCCACCACAAAAGCAAGGCAGUGAGCACCGCUGUUCUUCGAUGUGGCUGCAUUAUCUCCGGCCUUCUUCCUUCACAGAUUGCCCCCCACCCCAGCUAUUCCUCCCUCCUUAAUACUUCUCUGGUCUGCAUGUUUCCAACUUUGUUAGGUGGGGAAGUUUGAAGGGACAAAGUGAGUAAUGUUGAAAGCCACUACUCUGAAACCACUUCUAGACUUCUGUUGUCUCAGGAUGUAUUCAUGUGGGGCAGGCACAAACACCUGUUAGGUUAGUUCGUAUCACUGAACAACUGUAACAACCUGAUGCAUAAAUCAGCUGUGGUUUUUCAUUAAAGGAUGAAAUAUUGAACAGUUAAUGGCAGGGAAGGACAAGAAGUAGGUGCUUCGGUUUCACUAGAUCCUUAAAAGUGAUUUUGGUGGAGGAAUAAACCAUACACAGCUAACAGAUGAGGACAGAAUGAUUCCUCAUCGAUAAAACACACACACACCCAAGUAGAUGGGCAGCGCUUGGCAGGUUUUAAGCCAGAAAGUAAAAAGGAUCGGACCUAGAUUUUCAAGGGAAAUCUUUCAAGAGACCAUUCAGGUUUUUAAAAACUUGCCUUUAUCUUUCCAAGAGUGAGUCUUUUAAUUUGUUGAAGGGCCAGGAACUCUGUGUCAAUUCAUAUUCCUACUGGCUUGUUGAUAUUUUUAGCAGUUUCUAGGAGCUGAUUGUUAUGUUUGGUGGAUGUUAGUUUUUUGUUCAUAAUAUGAGAUGUAAAUUUUUUUUCCCAGUUUGUCUUUUAAUUUUGCUUAUGGUGGUUUUAAAAAAAAACAAAGCAAACUUUUUAUUAUAAAAUAAAACACAUUACAUUAAACUGCACAGACCAAAUGAAUAGCUCAAAGAGCAAGGUGAAAACUAUCAUGAGCAUCUCUCAGCUCUUGUGUUUUUAAGUCAGUUUUCUUAGUACAGUUGAAUUUAUCACUCAGCUAUUUUAUGAUUUCCUGCUUUGGGAUUGUAGUUGAUGUGACGGUAAGGGAAUUCGCCAGUGUUUUCCUCAAGAACUUUUGUGUUUUCAGGUGAGGUACAGGGUGAGUCCUGCACUCAACUUCCUAUUUUCUACCACAGAUCCACAUACAGGGGACCACCCUUAUCGCUGAUUUGUGAUGCCACCUUUUUCUUUCGAUUAAUCCCAAUGUUGUAUACCUGUACCAUGUUCUGGCGGUUCCAUUCUGUUUCAUUGAUCUUAAUGUCAGACACAGGAACCACACUGUUUUAAUUCUUGAGCCUUUAAUACAUACUUUAACCGCUGUAAGCGCA